AUGGACAAGAAGACCACCACUUGUGCAACAGAGGACAGCAACACCUCUUCCUCUCUGAUUUCGGAUGACUUGAGAAGCUUCUACGCGACGCAUGGCCUUGACAUUGAUCGCUUGGUUGACCACAAGAGCCAGAAUGAUAAAGCCCGUGCCACCAGCGAUGGGAAUGCCACGUUUGCUUCUCGCUUUGUUCGAUUGAAUCCCCGGUUCGACCGAGAGGAAACACUAAGGCGUCUCAAGGAGGAACUUGCUUCAUCUUCAGAUGUUGCGUCAUGUGAUCCUGUCCCAAUUCCAUGGUUAGACGACAAGCUUGGAUUUUAUGUACUACCAGGAAAUUUCCGGUUGGUGCAGUCCCCAUGUUAUCAGGAGGGUCGCAUUUACGGGAUGGAUGUGAGCUCAGGAGCUGCCAUAGGGGCGCUGCUGUCGGAUAGAUACGAUAAGAACAGAACAGUUGAAGCAAACAGCAACCAUAUGACAACCAGACAAGAGCCAUUUCGUGUACUGGAUCUGUGUUGUGCUCCGGGCCUCAAAUUAUGUGCCAUCGCCGACUAUCUUCCACAGGCAACACUGCAACCAAGUUCCACUAUCGUAGUGGGUGUGGAUGUAUCGGAACAUCGAAUUGCCACUUGCAAAAAGAUUCUACAAAAGUAUCAUUUACCAAUCAAGCAACAACCUGACGAGGCCACUACAGAAAUUUCUACACAAAAGCAACAAUCCAGUCACAUGAGAGAACAAAAAAUCCAAAUGAGACUCUAUUGCGCCGACGGAACAACCUUUGACCAGCCUUACAACCACAAUCAACUGCUCCCAAAACUCGUCUUUGAUUCUCAGUCGGCCUUGGAAGAAACUGGUGGAAAACGCAAGCGCAUGAACAAAAGCGCCCGUGCUAGGGAACGAAAGCGCCUAAAAUCUCUGGUUACUGUGGAUUUUGAUUGUGGCGGUGAUCGACAUCAGCCCUUGCCAUCUGCCGACAAUAACAACCACCAGAAGGAGGAGGAUCCUGCUGUACCAAGAAAAGAAGAUACAUCCUCAAAACAGCAGCACCCCUGGAAAGCCAAACUGUUUGACCGUGUCCUGGUGGAUGCCGAAUGCAGCACUGAUGGAUCCCUCAAACAUAUUGCCAAACAAAUCAACGCAGCAGUGAAUGGUGGUGCAGUGGCACCCAUGUUGACAAAUGCCGCGGAACUCUCCAAACUGGUAGAACUGCAAAAACAGUUGGCAGCCACGGGAUUUCGGCUCCUCAAGCCUGGCGGAACCAUGGUAUAUUCCACGUGUUCCUUGUCAAAAGAUCAAAAUGAAAAUGUGGUGGCCUGGAUGCUAGAGACGUUUGCCGAUAAGGCAGAGUUGAUACCGGUGGAGUUCUCUGUUGGGGGUGCAGCAGAGGGAGAAUCGGGAGACAAUACGUUGAUGGGUCCUCGAGUAUCCACAGGUCCCUUGGGUGUUAGAUUUGAGCCAUGCUUGCCACCACCAAACGAAUCCGGAGGUACAGCCACCAUCACAACGAAUUAUACUGGAGGAGGGUUCUUUCUAGCCAAAAUUCGCAAGAGAAAGUAG